AUGAUCGAUAAAUUUCAUAAAUUUUCAAAAGAGACUCCAAUUACAUAUCUCUUUUUUUUAUAGUUAUAGAAGGAAAGACAUGACAUUUGUAAAACAAAAUUUUUAGAUUUAUUUAUUAGAUUAAAAAGUUUAAGUAAAGAAUUAUAUAUUAAUAGAUAUAGUUUCGAUUUAGGAAAUUCAAAUUUCAAAUAAUUUUUUAUUGAUUACUAAAAUUAGAAAAAUUUAUUCACUUUCAAACAGUCAACUUUAGACUUAAAAACAAAUUGA